AUGGUGAAACGGGGCGGAAACGUUGAAUUAAAGAAAAGACUUUCCCAGAAGAUGGCCACUGCACAAUUACAGAGGACUUCCAUGAGUGCAUUGGUAUUUCCCAAUAAGAUAUCAACAGAGCAGCAGUCUUUAGUGUUAGUGAAGAGGCUCCUAGCAGUUUCAGUAUCCUGCAUCACCUAUUUGAGAGGAAUAUUUCCAGAAUGUGCUUAUGGAACAAGAUAUCUAGAUGACUUAUUAAAAGAAUUAUUUUCUGGAAAAGCAUUCGGUCUAAAAAUGAAUAUUUCAUUAUUUUUCAGGAUGCUAGGAUGCUAUGAUGCUUUACAAAAAAAAUACCUAAGGAUGGUUGUUCUAGCUGUAUACACCAAUCCAGAAGACCCUCAGACAAUUUCAGAAUGUUACCAAUUUAAGUUCAAGUACAGUAAUAAUGGACCAGUCAUGGACUUCAUAAGUAAAAACCAAAGCAACGAUUCCAACAUGUCAUCUGCUGACACCAAGAAAGCAAGUAUUCUCCUCAUUCGCAAGAUUUAUAUUCUAAUGCAAAAUCUGGGACCUUUACCUAAUGAUGUUUGUUUGACUAUGAAACUUUUUUACUACGAUGAAGUUACACCCCCAGAUUACCAGCCUCCCGGUUUUAAGGAUGGUGAUUGUGAAGGAGUGAUAUUUGAAGGGGAGCCUAUGUACUUAAAUGUGGGAGAAGUUCCAACACCUUUUCACACCUUCAAAGUAAAAGUGACUACUGAAAAAGAACGAAUGGAAAAUAUUGAUUCAGCUAUUUUAUCACCAAAACAAUUAAAAACACCACUUCAGAAAAUUCUCAGGGACAAAGAUGAUCGAGAAGAUGAACAGGAGCAUUAUAUAAGUGAUGAUUUUGACAUUGAAACUAAAAUGGAAGAGCAGGAAAAAAACCCUGGAUCUUCUGAACUUGGAGAACCAAGUUUAGUUUGUGAGGAAGAUGAAAUUAUGAGAUCUAAAGAAAGUCCAGAUCUUUCAAUUUCUCAUUGUCAGUUUGAACAGUUAGUCAGUAAAACAUCUGAACUUGAUGUAUCUGAAAGCAAAACAAGAAGUGGAAAAAUCUUUCAGAAUAAAAUGGCUAAUGGAAAUCAGCCAGUAAAAUCUUCUAAGGAAAAUCGGAAGAGAAAUCAACUCAAAUCUGGGAAAACAGUCCUUCAUCACUUUGAUACUUCUAGUCAAGAGUCAGUGCCAAAAAGAAGAAAGUUUAGUGAACCAAAGGAACAUAUAUGA